AUGCCGCCUUCGUCAGUUGCACCAUCGGAUGGCCUGCCAGCCCCUGGGAGUCCUGCUAGGAGUCUUCAAGAGUUGGCAGCAGGUCCAGCAGAAAAGGUGAAGCUCGUCAUCAAACUCUGCAAGUAUUGUCGCAACAAAUCCUCUGACCACAGUCCUCUUCCUCCAGGUUGCUUCCCAAUAUGGGACCCAUACAUGCCGUGGAAUGACGGUACCAAGUCCAAGCCGCGAGGCUUGGUGUGCCGCAUUUGCAUCGUAGUUUCUUGGCGUUUCUUCUUCAUUGCACUCAGCUUGGCUUUGUUAUCUCAGGCCCAGAGGAACAAGUACAUUGAGCUCCGGAGUGGCAACCCUUUGCUCCGUAUGCGUUCAGAUGUUUCCCUUGGUCCGCGGAUCAUUGUGUCGGUCAAGAACAGAGAGAAGAGUUCACUUGAACAGCCUGAGGAAUGGUUCUGUCGGCUUGACAUCUACCAGAGAGAUAACCCAGGAAAGGAAGUGAAGGAGUCAGAGAGAACAUGGGAGAAGAUCAACAAUGUGUGGGUCAACAUCAGAACCGGAAGAGAAGGCUACUACAAGCGAGUCAGAUCGACUGAGAAGGAAACAGAGCUCGACGUUCAGGUUUUUGACAAUGACAAUUCUGUGGGUGAUGGUGAUCAACAUUCCAAGAAUCUCUCAACUGCCUCUCAGGCAUGGACUUCAAAGAGUGACACCAUUGAUGCGUUGGACCUACCUCUCUUCAAGAUUGGAAGCUUCUCAUCAAGCAAACGCCCUGCUUUGUCUCUCAUGCCUCCUGGAUCGAGUUCAGGAGCUGCUUCCACAGUUGCUGCUAUGAGUGUGGAUGGUGCUGUGGACCCAUGUGAUGCAAUGAAUGCUCCAAUGACUUCAAUGCAUGAUGAUGAUCACAGAAGUGAUGAUGAUGGCAGUUCAGACGACAACGAGAACGUUGCAUUAAAUGGAAUAGGGAAUGCAUUGGACGCAUUGAGCAUUGCCUUUGGGCCUAUGCCCAAAGUCAAGGCUGCGGCGAAGCCAGCGGCUGCCAAACCUCAGCCAAAGAGAGAUGCCAAGACCAAGUCCAAGGCCAAAGACAAGGAUAAGACUGGAGCUGGCACCAACAAACGUACAGAAAAUGCUACUGAGAUCAUGCAGUUGCCUCCUACCAAGCAGCCUCGAACUCAACAAAAUCAAUCCAAACCUUCAGAUGAGAUGAUGCUGAAAGAGUUCAAAGAUUCCCUUGGUCAAAUGAAGAAGUCAGUCUUCAGCAAAAUUGUGUCAACGGUUGCUGAGUCAGUCUUGACUGACAAAAUCAAAACGGCCCAGAAGGAGAUUGCUGGUUUCGUUGCAAAGGUGAAUGCCAAGAAGAAAAGCUUGAACCGGCGCAACGAUGCGACUGAGUUGAUUGAGUUGCUUCUCUCUACGCGCAAUGAAGCCUUCGAUGUGCAGUUGCUAUGCAUGAAGCUUGUGAACAAUUCCUUUGAGGUCAAAGACAUGGAUGAUCUGACUUCCACUUCGGCAUCAUGGACCAUUCCAGACAUGGUUUUCAAAAGGGCUUGGAAGCUGCAGGCUCUCAUCUACGUUGAAGCAUUGAAGAAUUACAGGCGCGACAUGACGGUGUUGCGCAAAGGGUUGUUGGACGGAGACGAAGGUGUCGUAGCACCCAUCUUGGUACGAAGCUAUGCUUCGCGCAGCGAUCUCUUUCGCGCCAUGGUGGUUGGACCGCCAGGGACGCCUUAUGCCGAUCUGCCCUUCUUCUUCGACUUGGCUCUGUCGCCUCAGUACCCUGCGGAGCCUCCCAGGGUGCAUUACUUGUCGCAGUUCGCCAGCAGCAGUGAACGCUUGAACCCCAACCUCUACUGCGAUGGCAAGGUCUGUCUGAGCUUGCUGGGCACCUGGCCGGGCCCUGGCUGGGAUCCCAACAAGUCGACCCUGCUGCAGGUCCUGGUAUCUUUGCAGGGCCUGGUGCUGGUGGAGGAUCCUUACUUCAACGAGCCUGGGCACGAGAGUGAUGCUAAGUCAGAGCAUGGCCGGAAUGCCUCGGCCAUGUACAAUGAAAAUGUUCGCUUGCUUUGUCUCCGAGCAGCUCUGAAGAUUGAUCAGCAGCCGCCGCGUGGAUUUGAAGAGGUAGUUGCAAGACACUUCUCAGUCCACGGCCCAAAGUUGUUGGCCCAAUGUGAGGAGGACCUUCAAGGGCAAGGCAGCGAGGGGUUUCGGCAGGUUCUGUCGAGAUCCAUUCUUCCCAAGUUGCGUGAGCGCUGGGCGAUGAAAUGACGCGCCGACGCGCCGCCGUUGUGUUUUUCAGGCGACGUUUUAUCGGGAGGACAUUUGGACCUUUGGUGCGUCGAGC